AUGGCUGUGAGUGUCACGCCGAUCCGGGACACAAAAUGGCUAACGCUGGAAGUGUGUAGGGAGUUCCAAAGGGGGACUUGCUCACGACCAGACACGGAAUGUAAAUUUGCACACCCAUCGAAAAGCUGCCAAGUUGAAAACGGACGCGUAAUCGCCUGCUUUGAUUCAUUGAAAGGCCGAUGCUCAAGGGAAAACUGCAAAUACCUUCACCCACCACCACACUUAAAAACGCAGCUGGAGAUCAAUGGACGCAAUAACCUGAUCCAGCAGAAGAACAUGGCCAUGCUGGCCCAGCAGAUGCAGAUUGCCAACGCCAUGAUGCCUGGUGCCCCGCUGCAGCCCGUGCCGAUGUUUUCCGUUGCACCGAGCUUAGCCACCAACGCGUCCGCCACCUUCAACCCCUACCUGGGGCCCGUCUCCCCAGGCCUGGUCCCCGCGGAGAUCCUGCCCACCGCCCCAAUGCUGGUGACAGGGAACCCCGGUGUCCCGGUUCCUGCCGCUGCCGCCGCCGCCAAAAUAAUGCGGGUUUCACUUCAGCUUAUGGUGUGUCGAGAGUACCAGCGUGGCAACUGCAACAGGGGAGAGAACGACUGCCGGUUCGCCCACCCUGCCGACAGCGCCAUGAUCGACACCAAUGACAACACCGUCACCGUCUGCAUGGAUUACAUCAAGGGGAGAUGCUCACGGGAAAAGUGCAAAUAUUUUCACCCUCCCGCGCACCUGCAAGCCAAGAUCAAGGCUNGACCCCACUGGCCAUUGCCAUCAUGUGCUCGCUGCCUGCUAAUUAAGACUCAGUCGGCUGUCAAAUCACUGAAGCGACCCCUCGAGGCAACCUUUGACCUGGGAAUUCCUCAAGCUGUACUUCCCCCAUUACCAAAGAGGCCUGCGCUUGAAAAAACCAAUGGUGCCACCGCGGUCUUUAACACUGGUAUUUUCCAAUACCAGCAAGCUCUCGCCAACAUGCAGCUGCAGCAGCAUACAGCCUUUCUCCCACCAGUUCCCAUGGUGCACGGUGCUGCCCCAGCCACUGUGUCUGCAGCAACAACAUCUGCCACAAGUGUUCCCUUCGCUGCAACAGCCACAGCCAACCAGAUACCCAUAAUAUCUGCCGAACAUCUGACUAGCCACAAGUACGUUACGCAGAUGUAGACAUUUUGUCAUCGAACAAUCGUAACUGAAGAGCAAAGGGCAGCGUGUGUGGGUUGAGAAGAGGACAGCUCAUUAGCCAUAAUGUAUAUACGUCAGGCCGCGCUCGGAAACUCCCUCAGCAGUAAGACAUCCACACAUUGCAUGUUAACGAGACGAAACGAGAACGUGGAAACCCCCCGCACACUGUUGCCUAUCUACUUUGUACAUGGAAUUGAUAUUUGUGCUGAGGUGAUCUUAUUGUCUCAAAGCCACACCGUUGUCUGCCUUUUCUAGCGCAGAGCCUGCGCACGGGUCUGCGCACGCGUCUGUAGGCUCCGUCCUACGUAGCCGUGCGUGUCACCGUGAAGAGACAGACGACGGUGUAACCGUUAAUCUAUUCUGUAUUGGUACGUCUGUAGACCAAGAUAUAAUUUUUUAAAGUAAGUUUAUUUCUUUCAAGGUUUACAAAUAACAAAGGUGCACCUUGUAUUUAAAAUUGCCAUUAUAGACGAGAGCGUGCAUGCACAGUAAUUUUUGUUUAAGAGUAAUAUUUUUAAUGUAAUAGAUUGUAAGAAGUGGCGAGAGAGGUAUCUGACAGAGAUGAAUGUGCCAAGCGAAACCACAACUGUGUACGUUUUAAAGCACACCGAUGGCUUUAAAUCCCCUGUUGUUAAGGAUUCUCAUGAAGUGCCAUAGACUGUACAGCCGAGGAGAGUAUUAUU